UAGCUGUCACUAUUUCAAAAAAACACUCUCUGAACAUCAACACGUGCGGUAGAUGUUGGAAUUUAUUAAAUUUGGUUUUAUUUUUAAUAAAUUUUGUUAAAAACUAUUAAAUAAAAGUGUAAAAAUACUAAUAUUAAGUUAACAACUCCCUAAAGUGUAAAAGUAAAACACAUUCUACUUUUAACACGUACAAAAUUGGCCGCAAUAUACUACAACCAACAAAAAAAUAUUCCAGCAACUCGGAAAAAUAAAAUAUUUUUUUUAAACAACAUGGAUUUUGAAAUGGAAGAAAAUGACAAAUUAAAGUUUCAACAUUUAGCAGGUGGUAAUAUUUUAGAAUAUGCUCCUAUCUAUUCCAAAACUGGAGAACACUUGUUGUUUUUGGCCCAGAAUGAAGUGAAAGUAUACUCUACCGUUAGUGGCCAAUUUGUCAGAAAGCUAGAGGGUUCAUCGGAACCUCUCAUCGAUUUUGAAUUUGAAUUACAAGACGAAAAUAUCUUAAUUGCUUGCAAUAAUAAGGGUGAAAUCUUUUCAUGGGAAUGGAAAACUGGUGUCCUCAAGAAUACCAUUCAAAUACCUCUCCUCGAAAAAUCGAUCGUAACAAAUUUUAAACUUCUUAAUUUAUAUGGCAAAUCGAAUUUGUCCCAUGCCUUCGUGUGUUUCAAAGUCACCAAUAAAAACGUACAAUGGCGGAUAUUUAAUCGUGAACAGAAGUCAUUCAUUAACGUGCCUUGUGAUCUAAGAUUGGGCAUGAAGAAACCUUUAGUAGCAGUGGAUAAUAAAAAUUUCCCUAAUCUGGUGUUGGCCCAGGGUUAUUAUGUUUAUUUUGUGAAUUACAAAACAUGGUUUAACGUAAGAUUAAUGAAUGCCCGCAGUGUACCAGUUACUGCACUUCAAGUACAUACCUCCGAAGAUUGUGUAGCAACAGGUGAUGAACUUGGAAAAAUUUUCUUAUGGCGUGAAUUUACCAGCAAAGAAGAUAUAAAAACUAGUCUAUAUCAUUGGCAUCAUACAAAAGUUACGAGCAUUUGCUUUACUGUCGCGGGUGCUCAUUUCUACAGUAGCGGUGAAGAAUCUGUAAUGGUUAAAUGGAAUGUUGAAAGACCUGAAUUAAAACAAUUUUUACCACGUAUGGUUUCUGAAAUACGUCAUAUUGUUGUUAGUCCCGACAAUACAAAUGUUGUUGUAUGUACAAAUGAUAAUAGUAUACAGAUUUAUGGUACUGAAAAUCUUGUUCAUCAAAAUCUACAAGAAUUCACUUAUAUUAAUGAUGACAAUACUGAAAAUUCGAAAUUUCCUACGGGUUUACGUUUAAAUCCACGUAAUAAUUCUUUGGUAUUGAAUGGUCGCAGUGGUUCACUACAAUUUUAUAAUACCUACACAAAGAGUUUCUUGUAUAAUGUUAAUAUUGUCAAUCAAAAUUUAUUGUCUAAAGAAAGCGAUAGAGUUCUAUAUAAUAUACGUGUUACUAAGGCGGCUUUUAAUAUUGAUUGGAUGGCUACUGGUGAAGUUUUUAAUGACGAAGAGCAUUUGCCAGAAUUACGUUUAAAGUUUUGGAAAUAUCAAGAGGAUACACAAAACUACGCUUUAAAUACAAAUAUAGAAUUGCCUCAUGAGGGAGGUUUUAAAGCCAUUGAAUUCUCGAAUGAUUAUCAAGUAGACAAUCUUCUGUGUGCUACCGUAGGCGAAGAUAACAUCAUCAAAAUGUGGUGUCUUGAAGACUCUGACAACAUUUAUAAAGCAGGCAAAACUUGGUAUUGUGUAGCACAAACUUCGUAUAAAGAUUUUCCAGUCGAUUCGAUUUCAUUCUCCCAAGAUGGUUCUCUCUUGGCUGCCGGCUAUGGCAAUACUUUGUGUAUAUAUAAAUCUGAUAAUCUAAAACUAAAAGCUGCACUUACUGGCUCCAACGGUCUAGAUGGCUGUGUAUCAAAAGCUCAAAUUAGAAUUCCCACAAAAAAUAUAAACGGCGCCAAAUCCGAAUUGGCAGAGAAACGUAAAAAAAUAAUGCAAUUAUUUACCAAUAUGUUGGAGACGAAUGAAGAAACCUUAAUUAAAGAAUUGCAAAAGAUUUUAAAUGAUAAAAAAUCUUCAGCUUACGUUACCGAAGAACCCUUAAAACAGCUCGAUGAUUUACAAAAAACCACUUUGUAUAAAAAGAUUAUACAAAUGCAUGAAAUGAAUUUAUAUCAAAAGGUGUUACUUUAUCAAAAAUUGGGUAUUGCCUGUAAAGUUCAUCCUCAAAUGGAAACAAAAUUAGCUGAAUAUUUGAGUAAGUUGUGCAAUACAAGAAAUGUGGAACAAAAAUUACACGCUCAGACUCAUCGUUUGAAUUUAAGACAACGUUUCAAGGCAAAAUAUCGUUUGCAACAACAUUGUAAACAACAACAUCAAUAUGAUGAAAAAAUUGCAAAAAAUCUAGUACCCCUAUUAAGUUUAUUGAAUUUGGGCAAUACAACAGAAAACAAUAAAACCAAAAGUAAACCUAAAACGGACAAGAUAGGUAAUGUUUUAAAUAGUCCCAAAAAUGUAUUACCACCUAAAGCCACAUUGGCGGAAAUAACUCAUGUACAAUUUGCGGCAGGAGAAUAUGCCCAUUUGGUGGUCGUGUGUACCGAACGUCGUGUUUUAAUAUGGAAUCUUUUGACUUUAAGAUUGCAAUCGGUUUUGAAAUUAAGUGUUAAACACUUGACAUUUGAUCCGCAAACUAAUCUAAUUGCGGUGGUGACACACAAUAAUGAAUUACAUCUUUUCCAACCUAAUGUACCACUACCUAUAUACCAACGUCGUAAUGUACCAAAUGUUUAUGGUAUUGCUUGGAUACCCCGACGUUAUCCCAAACAAAGAUCUAUAAAUCUUGAUUGGCAGGCUCAGUCUACUUUAUAUUUCUUAAAUGAACAACAGGAAAUUGUUUACUUAUGUUCACCCAAUGACAAACAAUUUGAUGCUCCUGCGCCUAUUGUAUUUGAUAAUGCAGCUAAGGAAUCAUUACAUUAUACCACUUUUGGUACCUAUGCUACUAAAGCUGUUAAUGAAAAACAAACUGUUUCCCGUCAAAAUGGUCCUUUAGUUUUAGGUCACAACGAUAAGACGGCUAUUAAGGCGCUAAUUGACAUGUCAGCUCAUACCAUGCCACCGAUGAGUUUAAUAUGUGAAAACUUUCUCAAAUCAAUGGUUAAAUCAAGUGAAACCAAAUCAUUGGACAAUAACCUGCUAAAUUCCAAUAAUGAUGAAGAUGCUUUAACCACUAGACUUAAUGGUGAUCUUAACGGUUUUGCCGCACACUCAGAUGACGACGAAGAUGAGGAUAAUGAUGUUAAAAUGACAAAUGGUUCAUCUCCCUCCCCUAAAGAAACUAAGAAAAUACGCAAAGAUCUAAUGGAGAAAACGGAACAACUUAAACGGAAAUCUUUAGGUAUAAGUAAGAAUAAUUCAACCGCCUUACCUGCCGCCCAAGAAGAUGAGGAACACAAAUUAAGAUGUAUGGCCAAGCAGGCUAUACAAUUAGAUUUUUAAUUGGAAUUACUUAGCGUUUAGUUCCAUUUUACACCUGCUAUUAAUUAUAAUUGAUUAAAAAACAACAUAUUAAGUUUUUUAUUUAAAUCUUAAACUAUGACUCCAAGUUUUGCUUGAUUUAUUGUAUAAAAAAAAAAUAAUAUUUAACUGUUACAAUUUACUUUUUACAAUAGUUUUGUUUUCUUUCCCAAAUGUUUCUUUUUGCAAAGAAAGUGUAAAUGCAUUCAAGUUAUUUUUAUAUUAAUAAAAAAAUGUCAACAUAAAAGUUUUCCUAAAUAAAUGCUAUUUUCUU